AUGGGUAAUUUAUUAAGCGGUUCAAACAUGGUCGACCCAGUAAGAGUAGUAAGUUAUGAAGAUAUGUUAAAGGUGAUUCAUGAGCCUGAAAAGGUUAUCAUCGAUGUUCGAAACCCCGACGAAAUAGAAUCAACCGGCAAAAUCCCGUCCAGCAUAAAUAUACCACUGGGUAGUGUACAAGAUACACUAGCCUCGAUGUCUGAUGAAGAAUUCCAAAAGCAAUAUCAACGAGCAAAGCCUUCGCCAUCUGACGAGCUGAUAUUCUACUGUAGAUCUGGCAGACGUUCGACGGAAGCUCUUGAUAAAGCCUUAAAACUGGGAUACAAUAAAUCAAAAUCGUAUUUAGGCAGCUGGGAAGAUUGGUCCAGCAAACAGAAGUAA